AUGGCGCGCCACUCCCGGAGCCGCAGCAAGAGCCGGGCAAGCCCGGAUCGGCGCUCCGAGCCGAAGCGAUCGCCCGAGCGCCGGCGGCGGCGCAAGCGCUCCGAGAAUCGACAGAAACUGAGGAGUCGGCCUCGUUCGGCUUCAGCGCCAGCUCGGUCGCGCUCUGGAUCGGCCAAGAGGUCUCCGCCCCGAUCGCCGCCUCCCCGCUCGCCGGCACGCAGACGGAAGAAGUCCAGAUCGGGAGCCGGCAAAAGCAGGGAUCGAAGCCGACCCGCGCGUUCGCCACGCAGCCGCAGCGGUGCUCGAAGGAGAAGCCGUGGGCGACGGCGACCUCGUAGCCGAAGUCGCGACGACGGCGGAGGGCGUCGCGGAGGACCGCACCGACCAAAGAAGCCUGAAGGUUGUAAAACCAUCUGGGUCGGUUGGGUGGACAAGAAGCCCGAGGAGGAGGAGCUUCAGGACUUCUUUAAGGACUGCGGCAAGAUCGUGGAGGUCAGAUGCAGUGAACGUCACGUGCGUGGUUACUUCGCGCAUGUGCAGUUUGAGGACACGAGGAACGUGGACGAAGCGAUGAAGAAGCAGGGCGACGACUUCAUGGGAAUCAAGAUCCAGAUAGACUAUGCCUACAUGGACAAGGUGGCCUACAACCCUAAGCUGGAAGCGGAGGCACCUAGCAGCCGACGGUACCGACCCAAGAGCGUCAAGCCCCCGAAUGGCCACACGCUCUGGGUCGGUGACGUUUCCAUAGAGGCCUCCGAGCAGGACAUCAUCGACCUCUUUGAGCCAUGUGGUGGAGUUGAGAUGAUCUGCCUGCAGGUAAACCAACUGAGAAACGGCAAGUUCGGCCACGUCAAGUUCUUCGAGACAGAGGCCGUUGACAAGGCUGCGGCGCUGGCUGGCACGCCGGUCCAUGGAGUCCCCAUUCGCGUGGAUUUCGCUGAGGACAAGCCGUUGGCUGCGUACCGGGUCGGCAAAGACCGGACUGUGCCAGAGACGCAGAAGCCCGAGGAUUGCCGAACGGUGUGGGUCGGAGGCCUUCCUGGAGAAGUCACCGAAGAAGAGAUACGGGAAAUCUUCGGCAAAUGUGGCGAGAUCAGAGAAAUUCGAUUGGACAAGAGCAAGCGCAGCGGCACGCUCUUCUGCCACAUCGAGUUCUCCGACACGACUUGCGUCGACCGGGCCAUCCGCCUCUCCGGGGAGAGAAUAGGCUCGUCGAAGAUCCGGGUCGACUUCGCCGAGAACAGGGGUCCAGGUCCGCCCGCGAAGAAGGCCGGCGCGCCAGGUCCGCCCGAUGGCUGGGUUCCCGGCAUGCCGCCACCUCACAUGGUGCCAGGAAUGCCACCGCCUGGAAUGGCACCGCCUCACUGGAUGGGGCCUCCUCCUGGACAUCCGAUGGGUCCUCCGCCCCAUGUGCUUCCACCGAGGAUGGGGAUGCCACACAUGCCGCCGCAUAUGCCGCCCCACAUGCCACCAGGCGCCGGUCCACCCGGAGGCCCUCCUCAGGCUGCGCUUCCGUCCAGCGAGUCGUCCCCACUUCCUGGAGGGCGUGCCAAGGCUGCACCUCCGAGCGCAACACCGGGAGAUGCUCCGCCAAAUGGCGAUGGCAAAGCAAGCCCGGCAGACGCAGCCCCGCCUGGGCAACUGGGGCCCAGGCCUGAUGGGCCGCCAAGCCACAUACCACCCCGCCCGCUCGGGCCUGGUCCACCGCCAGGGGCUUUUGGCCCUCCGCCACCGCACUUGGCUAUGCGAGGACCACCUCCUCCUGGCUACCCGCACCGGCCACCACCGGACUACUAUGCGAGACCACCGCCGGACUACGGCGCACCCUACGGGCCGCCUCCUCCGCAUAUGCAUGGACCUCCCGGAUUUCCACCUCCUGGCUAUCCACCUUACGACUACUAUGGUCGGCCGCCUGGACCAGAUCCUUACUAUGGACAUCCUCCCGGCUAUCCGCCACCCGGCUAUCCGCCACCGCACUGGAGGCCGCCCCCAGGCCCGGAAGCCCAUGGCCCUCCACCUGGUUACGGCCCGCCCGGUGCGCAGCCGGCUCCGGCGGCCAAGAAAG